CAUGAAGUGAACCCCUGGAUAAAACCAUGGAUCUGCCACAGGACUUGUUUGGAAUCGCACUUCGGUGCAAAAGCGUGUCAGGAACUCUUGAAGACUAUGAGUUUUUGGCCGCCUUGCUCGCCUACCUGAUACCAAAUGAAGAUAAAAAUUCAUUCCGUGAUUCAAUAUUUGACAAGCGGAUCGAAAAACCUGCUGACAUAGCCAUGUUGUGUCUUGCUAGUCAAAAGUGUGAUAAUGUAUGGACAGCGAGGGACGGAAUAGAUUGGUUGCUGUUUUACCUAUUCUACCGAAGAUAUGGGUGGGACGAUGGAGGUAAUCCUCAGAGCAGAAUCCAAGUAUUUUCCCCAUCGAUUCUGGAGCGCACCCGAUGGACAACGCGAGAGGGAGAACUCAAAUUCAAAGAGCGCAUAGUAGCUGUAUCAACGGAUCUGAUCAACUGGUACGAAAGCCAACCACUGAAACUGUCCACUCUCAAGUUGUUUAACAGUGCUAUUCGCGUAGCCCGGUGUUCCCCCACGACACGUCAUCACAUGGCAUUGCAUGCAAUACGUUGGCUUACACUGCAACUCGAGUCUGCUUCCAGUACACAAACAACAUCUGUGGUAACCAGACCAUCUGUAGUCAACAAUUCACCAUUUCUGCCGGCUGAUGCGACUCCAGAAACCAUGUAUUUGGCAGUCAAGGACCUCAUGCUUCUCACCAUGACCAAUUCGGUUUACGCAACGCGCACAGCUGUCAUUCCGCUGAUGAGUCGUUUGCUUCUUCAGCUUUCCUUAUGCAGCAUAGCAAGGUUGCUGGACCAGGUAAUAGAAAUGUUCAAUCGGCAGGAGGUUAAGCGAUGGGAAGAAGCAGAAGGUCUUUUGAAUGCACUUGGUCUACUAAUCAAGAGAGCAGUCCCACUCCCAUUGUCUUCUGAGGAGGCGCCCUCAAAUUUGACGUUAAAUAGCACAACUGGGCCAGCUACAACCAUGUCUUCCGAGACCUAUGAAACCCAGGUGCUACCACAGAUUAAGCUUUUGGUCUUCAACCUGUUCGAUCACGACCAUCCUUCUGUUCGCAUAGGUGCUGUCCACCUCUAUAUCACAUGCUUGAAACGCUGCCCAUAUCCGCUGAUAGAGAAGGCCCUCGAUGAAAUUAUGAACGAGGUGUGCAUCAACAAAGAAUCUGACUCGCCCCUUCCAGUGGAAGAUCUAGGGCCAUCCCUUAGUGCUCACGCCACCGAGAGUCUUCUGUCGCUGUGUCAAUCCUUAUUGAAGCGAGCAGGUGGGAUGAAAUUGCCCCCAUCUACCGGAAGAUUACAGAAUAAUCUCACACAAACUUAUCUGGGGCAUCCAGACCCAAACGUUCGGAUGGCCGCGUGCCAAGUUUACGAAACCCUCAUUAUCAGCGCGUUGGAAAAUCUCAAUCGAGUGCGAUAUCUGCUAAAGAAAAUACUGGAGAACUGGCCAAUAAGACAAGACAUUCUGCUGAGUCCAGUACAAAGAACCAUUACUUUGAUAAACGGCGGAAAAGGAAAAACUCCAAGUCAAGUAAUGGUACCCGAUCAAGUGGCUACCUGGCGUGAGGGUCGCCUCAUGAUUUUUGAACGUGUGUGUCACGUGCUUAUUCAGCGCCACUACGCUGUGCUGUUCAACGUUCUAGUGCGAAACCCAGACGGUGAUCUUUCCUCGGAGGACACUGCUAACGUCGAUGGGCAACGGCUUUAUUCUCCUGUCAUCCCUCCAGUCAGGUCACCAGCUGGUCAGCCAAAGCGAUCACCACAGCUGGAACAGUCAAGCAAUGCUGAUUACCGGUGGAACCCGGUUCCAGACGAACCAGCACCACCCAGCUUAACAAGACGUCUGUCGGCCUUACCUUCACUGGAAAACUCUUUGGUGCAAUCAAAGCAUAGCGGACAAACGCGAUUUCGAGGAUUCGGAAGUAGGAAAAACACCGAAGCGUUGGAAUCUAUCUUGGAUCGACUUAGGAAGUCGGAUGAACAUGAAAAGGCCAAACGAAGCGAAGUCGCAAGAACUAGUGUAUGGAGGAGCGAAUUCGCGAAGCGCUUUUCUGUUGUCGCAUUAAGACAACCAUCUACAAAAACUGAAAGCUUGAGUGCACUAUCGGAAGUAGAAAUGUCGAACAUGACCACCAUAUUCUCUCACGUCCUUCACCUGUCCAGUGAAUGUCUAAUUUCCGAGCCCCGGGAAUUGCGACAAUGUGGGCGAACCACAUUAUCUGAGGUCAUCCGUCUUCUGCGCUGGUACAACACAGAAAUGGUUUCAGAAUUCCUAACAAGUAAUCUCAUACUCCAACCAACUUUAAUGACCUACGUGGCCUUGAAAAUCCUACGAUCCUCCCUUGAUGAGUUUGUCCUCUAUGACCGACUUGUCUUUUGCAAUGAGGACCUUGCACCGAUGGACGUAAACGGAUUCAACUCUCCGGACUCUCGAAAUAAACAAGGGCAGGUCGUGGAUCUUUUCCCAAAUGGAUAUUUUCUUAAUGUACCCCUCAUUCGCGCACUGUUUAAUGUCAGUCAAUCUUCCUCGUGGCUACGCGCAUGUCAGCAUUACUUAACAGAUGAGAGCAUACCGACAUUUGUCACACUCCCCGCUUUCCGUUGCAUUGUCGCAACCUUGAGUUUGGCCCAUCUCCUCCCAAAAUUUAACCAAGCAGCCCGUUAUACGGAGGGUUUGAAACCAUCAUCGGGUGGAGAAAAAUCGGAGCCCAUCUCACUUGGUAUCGAUGCCGCCAGCCUGGUCGAAGGAGUUCGUGCUGUCACUGGUUACAUUCGUCGUUUUGAGAUAGUACUGGAUGAUGGCUGUCGACCAUCAACUGUCCUAGGCGAGCACUUGCGAAUUCGUUCUCUAAGGCCUUUUAAUUUACGCUUCAAUGAGAUGGGCAGUCCGAAAACAAGUCAUUCGAGCAGAAAUGAUAUCCUGAUACCUUUCCUCUCCUACGUAAUAAACCACUUGGAAGUUGUCCUGUUUCGGUUUCUUCCACCAACGCCAAAUCCUUCGAAGCCUGAUCCACUUACUAGGAAAAACGCUGGAUUCAUGUUGGCCCCGAUGCUUAUUCAGUUGAUCACAUGGCCCCUCGCGUUAUUGCCAGCUGGAACUGUUGAUCCACCAACCAUAUCGAGCGCUGGGAGAGAAAAGAAGUUGCUUGCUGUGAGGAAAUUACUUCGAGUAAUUGCCUCGAUUGUUCACGCUUUGCCGGUAAUGGAAACGAAUGCUCCAAAAAGCCUCCAUAAAGCGGAAGAUAUCCCAAGCCUUUCGGUUCAGAUAGAAGGAAUCAUUUCUGGUCAGUUGGAUCUGACUGGUACGGUGAAUGCCUACUUCACACAUUUAGAAGGCAUGAUGGCUGAUUUGACACGAGCAUGGACCCCUACUCCAUUGUGUCAAUCAGCAUCAUGGUGGUGGUUCCGAGCUUUAUGUGAGCACAUGCCUCGAAUGUUACAAAUUGCACCGCAUGCCAAUCCAGUCAGCCUUAUACGCCGACUUUUGGACGCCACCGGAAAACUAUCCAGAGGAGGAAAACCCGUUAGACAAGCCACUAGGUUACUGUCAGAUAGAAGGCUAGUGCAGCUUUGGAGUAAGGCCCUCGCAUAUGCCAAGAUGGAGGCAAGAAAAGAGUUGGCAAGCAAAAAGAAGGGAAAGUCGUUAGGCUACCGAUGGCCAACAGUAGGAGAGCUGCUCAAAAGUGUGGGGUCCUCCAGAACCGAUAGCACAGGCUCAGAGAGACGUUCAUCGAAUGAGAAAAAGAGGUCUGACGUCUCGGAGGAGAAUGACUCAGUAUUCGAGUCACAUUUUGACACGACACAAGCGACGAACUACAAGAAUCCAGCUUUUGACUACAUGACUGACGAGGAAGAGAAUUUCAUUUUAGAACCUGCGGACCCCGACAGUUCAUCGAGCGAAGAAUUGGAAAUGACAGAGCGGAAACAAACGCGUGCACGAAAAAAUAGAAGACGAAGAUUAACGAGCAACUCUGAACCGAAGGCGCAGCCAAUCGAAACUCCACCACCCUUCUAUGACAUUGUGGAUUUGGUAAAGCGUGCGUGGAGAUAUUGUCAGCCAGUUACUGUGGGAACGUUGAGAAACAUAUUAUCAAGUGCAGAACUCUCCCUUAUCAUAGAAGAAACUGACCCAACAAAAGCACUGCCUUCGCAAUAUUCACAUCAGACUCAGCGGAGAAUGUCUCAAGGGCGCGCCGUUCGCCUCUCGUAACACGGUCCGUGCGUUGCCAGAGAAGGCAGCAGAAAAUUCCAAAAUAACCCCCGUCUAUUUUUAACAUAUGUGAGCACACUGUGCUUAAAGUGCUUUUCGGUGCACAUGUAUUUUUGUUAAACACUGUUCAUGUAUCUAUCGUAUCGCCGGUAUUUAUAAGAAAAUAUGUCCAUCUCCACAAAGGACAGAGACUUCUUCACUUCUAAUCAUCGACUUUAAUUUUUGUGAGAAAUAUACUGUCAUAGUUUCACUGAGUAUGUUUUCACCUUCUGUCCAGUCCAUACACACACGCACAAAAACACACAUAUUCC